CAACAUCUUGUCCACACUAUCCCGCCCCGCAGAAAUGACACAGUCAAACGGCACUCAUACCAACGGCACUCAGACAAAUGGUGCUACCAAUGGUUCCGCUAACGGUACUGCCAACGGCUCCUAUAAAAACGGCACCCACAAGCACGACCAUGUGGACAGUCUCGUGGACAAAGUAAACCAGUCCGUUGGCACAUUCCAAGACGGCCACGCAGAGAAAGACCGACUUGCAGCACUCAAAGCAGCCCAGGAACUGGUCCGCGCGCUCCACGGACCCAAAGACAACGUCUACCACUUGGUCUACUCUCCCACCCAGGCCAUGUGCGUGCGCAUUGGCAUCGACCUGGAAAUAUUCUCUACGCUCAGUAAAGCCUCCGGACCUGUAACUUUGCAAGAGCUAGCAGCUGUGAAGAAUGCCAGCCCUUUAAUUACCGAGCGUGUCCUCCGCAUCCUCGCCGGAAUCGAAUACGUCGCAGAGCACGAUGUGCAUGUAUACAGCGCCACUCGCAUGACGCACCAAAUGACCGACCGGUUCAGUAUAGCCAUGGUGAAGUUCAUCUACGACUUCGGCAUGCCCACCGUCGCCAAGAUCCCCGAGUUCCUGCGCACCCACGAGUACAAGUUCAUCGAAGGCAGCACGUCCGGACCGUGGCAGUACGCUACAAAUAGCGAAGAGUCACUCUGGGACUGGAUUGCGAAGAGCGAGGAGCGGCUUGAUAUCACUCAUAGUUUCAUGGAGGGGGAUCGGGGGAGUCGGCCGCCGUGGGUGGAGUGGUUCCCUGUUCAGGAGCAGUUGAUCGACACGUUCACGGGCAGUGAUGAGGAUGUCUUCCUGGUGGAUGUGGCAGGUGGCAGAGGGCAUGAUAUCAGGACGUUUAGGGAGAAGUUUCCGCAGGCGCGGGGGCGCUUUGUUCUGGAGGAUUUGGAACAUGUUAUUGAGCAGAGUGUGGAUGGGCUGCAGGCUGAGAAGAUUGCGUUUGAUUUGUUUAAGCCCCAGCCGAUUCAAGGCGCACGAGUCUACUAUAUGAAGUUCAUCCUGCAUGACUGGUCAGACAGCGACAGCCUGAAGAUCCUGCAGCAGGUCCGCGAGGCAAUGAAGCCGGGAUACUCGGUACUGGUUAUCGAAGAGUUCAUCCUCCCUCAAAAGGACUGUCCAAUGCUCUCAGCCAUGUGGGACUGGGAGAUGAUGGUCUUCCUUAACAGCCUAGAGCGCUCAGAGGGGCACUGGCGAAGGCUGUUGGAUGAGACAGGCUUUGAGGCAAAGUGCUUCUAUCCUCCUGGUGAUGGACAGGGCAUCAUCAUGGCAGAACUGAAACAGUGAGGUGGGUAGCCUUUGAUAGAUGGUUUUGAAUGCAGUACUGGUGUAUAUAAGUUGUGUAUAAAGGUGUAGGCUGAGCCUGACGCACUGUCGGUCCCACGGCCCCGAGUAGCC